CUGCGCCCAGGGAAAGGGUGGCAACCACAGAGCCCGCUCGUCCUAGAAGGGAGCAUCUCUCUUCUCGCACUGUUCCCCCCCCCGUCCCGGAAACGGGUCUCUUUUGAAUGCACUUUUUCCCCGGGAGCUGGUGCAACCUGGGCAGGUUCGAUCCGGGUUGGGGGUUUUUUUUGGAGAGGGAGGAGGAUCUUGGCUGGGCGUUCGCUGCUGCCUAACAUGCUUCAGUGUCUGAUUUGACAUUGAGCGUCGGACGGACGGUUAACGGAGGAUCUUAAUAGGCUUUGCCAGGCUGGACCACCGAGGGAGGAAGCCCUGGAGUUGAAGCUUUGCCACCCACGGCUGGCGUCUGGGAGAGAAAGGGAGAGAGGAGAUGGACGCAGGUCGAAGGAAGAACGAGCCAGAUGACGUGGUCCAGGCUGCGCUCAAGCAGUGGCCGCUCGCAGGCCUGAAAACGGAAGACCAAGACCAUGGUGGUGCUACAACAAGGGAGGAAUUCAUUGAAGGAGGGAGAGACCUUUGUGCUUUCCGGACUGGGAGGAUGGGGGACAUUGAAUCCAGGGUAUCAGGAGAGAAGGUGAAGCAGGAGUCGGGCGCAGGGCUUCUUCAGCACUGGGAAUCCCAGUGGCAGGAGUUCCUGAAGAUGGUGGAGUCCCACCACACGCACUGGGAGAUCCCACCAGAAGAGCCUGCCCCUUGGGAGGAUGCCAAGGGCUUCCUGGCCUCCUUCGAGCAAGUGGCCAAAGCCUGUCGGUGGCCCCAGGAGGAGUGGGCAGCCCGGCUCCUGCCGGCACUCAGUGGAGAAGCGGAGCAGGCCUUCGGCGGCUUGGAAGCUGGGGACAGAGAGGAUUAUGGGAAAGUGAAGGCGGCCAUCUUGCGCCGGGACGCCCUGGCCCGGGAGUGGUGGUGCCACCGCUUCCGGCAUUUCUGCUACCAGGAGGCCGAGGGGCCAAGAGGGGCCUACAGCCGCCUGCGAGACGUCUGCCACCGGUGGCUCAAAGUGAAGAGGAACAGCAAGGAGCAGAUUCUGGAGCUGCUAAUUCUGGAGCAGCUUCUGGCCGUCUUGCCGCCUGAGGUCCAGGGAUGGGUGAGGGAGGUUGGGCCCGAAACGUGCUCCCAGGCGGUGGCUCUGGCGGAGGAGUUCUUGCUGAGGCAGCGAGAGGCUGAGAGGCCGCAGAAACAGAUGCAGGCAGCCUUUGAGGAGGAUGGCUACGGUUUCUCCAAACCGGCGCAGGUUCUGACCGACACGGGGCAGAGGCAGCAGGAGAGGGGAGCGAAGGAGGAGGCCGGCUCUGGAGACGCGAGCUCACGAGAUUACAUGCAAGUGGGUGAGUGCGACGGGCAAAACUGUCCCCAGGAAAGCCGUGACAACGUGGAACCAUCCAUCACGGAAAGCGUCGCCCGGGUUUGCAAAGAGGGCAAAACCUCGGAGGGUCAGGGCGAACCAAAGAGGCCACAGGCGAGCUGGCCGGGGAAUCGGGUGGGGGAAUCUGUUCCCUGCGGGACGAGCGAGAUCUCUCUUGAUCAAACCCCACUGCGGCAGCAGCCUCAAGGCUCAGACGGCGGAUCUGGCGAAAGCUUCGAUUCGGAGUUUGUGAAGUACGAAGCGGUUGAAAUCCAGGAAUCGGCCUACCCGUGCGAGGACGGGACGCAACUCAGUUGCAAGGAGGAUCUCCGGAGACACAGCCCGCACUUCCAUGGGAAGCCAUACCAGUGCGGUUAUUGCGGAAAGGCCUUCAGCCGCCGGUCGCACCUGGUGACGCACGAGAGGACCCACACGGGAGAGAAACCCUACGCCUGCUCCUUCUGCAGCAAGAGCUUCAUCCAGAGCUCCCACCUCAUCCUCCACGAAAGGACCCACACCGGCGAGAAGCCCUAUCAGUGUUGCGCCUGCGGAAAGAGCUUCAGCAGCACCUCCAACCUCCUGGCCCACGGCAGGACCCACACGGGCGAGAAGCCCUACAAGUGCGCCGUCUGCGAGAAGGGCUUCAUCAGCAAGUCGCACCUGGUCCGCCACCGCAGGAACCACGCUGCGGACAGGCCGCCCACGGAACAAUCCUCCUCCGGGAAAGCCUUCUGCUUGGCCUAGUUUCUUACGAGACCAAGAAAGGGAGACUACUUUGGAGUAAAGCCAUACCAGAAAGCCCACCUUCCUUUUACAAAGAAGGUGUGGGGCGUGGCAGAGAGAGACAUUUUUCUUUUGGUCCAGAUUUGGCUGCAUCGGAAGGUGUUCCAGGCCUGGGAAAAAUGGUAUACCCAGAAAAAAGCACACCAAGAACUCAGGCCAAUGUACCGUAUUUUUCGCUCUAUAGGACGCACUUUUCCCCCUCCAAAAAUGAAGGGGAAAUGUGUGUGCAUCCUAUGGAGCGAAUGCAGGGGGGAGGCAGGCAGGAAAAGCCCCCAAAAGCCGCACACAAGCUCCGCGCGGCUCUUGCGGGCUUUUCCUCAGAAGGGACAAGCUACUGACGCGGCCAGUCAGUCCCUUCUCCCUCCUCGUAGAAAAGCCCACAGGAGCCCCACGCUCCUUAAAGGGUGUGCGGCUCCUGUGGGCUUUUGCGGGAGGUGGGGGUAGUGCCAUAGCCGCACGCCACCUCACCAGCCGGGAGAGCGUGCGCGGGUCUAAAGAGCCCAUAGCCCUGGGCUUCCCCGGCAGCCCCGAGAAGCUCGCGGAGCAACGGGAAGGCUGAGCGCCUUUCCGCUGCUCCCCGACCUGCUCUUUGGGGCUGGCGGUGGGCUUCUCCCCCCCCCGCCAGCCCCAAAGAGCAGAUCGAAAGGAACCUGAAGCCUGAAGAGCGAGAGGGGUCGGUGCGCACUGACCCCUCUAGCUCUCCAGGCUUCCAAGGUAGCUGCCUGAAGGCGGCUGAAUGCACCUUGAACGGCACCUUGUUUUAGAGGGGGAAAACAAGGGGGGGAUUCUCCCCCUCUCUGCGCAGCGCCUCCUGCCACUUCGCUGAAGGGGCACUGGGCAGAGAGGGGGAGAAUUUUUUUCUCUUGUUCUUCCCCCUCUAAAACAAGGUGCGUCCUAUGGUCGGGUGCGUCCUAUAGAGCGAAAAAUACAGUAAGUUUCAACAGUGGGAGUGGUCCCUACUCACAAAUCAAGUCAAUAGCAACAAAAACUAAUCCAGGGAUUAGUUUCUGACAAGGAUUACAAACUCAAAUAGAGAUUACAAACUCCAACAGAGAUUACAAACUUAAACCCAUAAAAAUAUGUAUAACACAACAAUUCAUUACAGAAUUAGAGAUAAGAGUUUAUGAGUAAAGUUCAUGUUAGUCGAGAUUCGUCGUGGAGGUCCCAGCCUCAAUCACUGAGCAGAAGUCAGAAGUGAAUUAUGGAUUUGAGACCAGGACAGGGCUGCUGGAGUUUCUAAUCUCUAUUUGAGUUUGUAAUCCUUGUCAGAAUACAUACUUUUGAAUGGAUUAGUUUUUGUUGCUAUUGACUUGAUUUGCGAGUAGGGACCACUCCCACUGUUGAAACUUACAUUGGCCUGAGUU